AUGCCAGAAGUGGAGGAUGACGAAAAUAUUGUGUUAAAGGAAAAAGGAACUCAUAGUUCACAUGAUAAUCAUAGAGAAAAGAAGGACAACCCACCCGCCACUCCAAUUCAGGAUCUUAAUUCCCCCCUUGAUAAGAGGUUUGUUCCUAAAGCUCCAUUUCCUCAAAGGUUAAUUAGUCCUCAGAAAAGUGCACAAUUUGAAGACAUUUUAGAGGUUUUUAAGCAAGUGCAAAUAAACAUUCCAUUCCUUGAUACAAUUCAGCAAGUUCCUGCUUAUGCCAAAUUUCUAAAAGAUCUUGUGACAAUGAAGAGAAAGACAAAUGUCCCUAAAAAGGCAUUUUUGAUAGAGCAAGUUAGUUCAAUCAUUCAGAAUAAAUAUCCAGUGAAAUGUAAGGACCCUGGAUCUCCUACAAUUUCAUGCAGGAUUGAGGACCGUCUCAUUGAGCGAGCUUUGCUAGAUUUGGGGGCAAGUCUGAACCUAAUGCCAUAUUCAGUAUACUUACAGCUAGGUUUGGGGGAGUUGAAACCCACAACAAUGACACUUCAAUUAGCUGAUAGGUCUGUGAAAAUCCCUAGAGGUAUUGUCGAGGAUGUGAUGAUUAAGGUGGAUGCAUUCUAUUUUCCUGUUGAUUUUGUUGUGUUAGACACUGAGCCUGCCCUAAAUGCCAGUACACAAAUCCAUGUCAUUUUGGGUCGCCCUUUCUUAGCCACAUCUAAUGCUUUGAUCAAUUAUCGGAGUGGUGUAAUGAAGAUUUCUCUUGGGAAUAUGACUGUUGAGCUUAAUAUAUUUGACAUAAGUAAGCAAGUACUAGACAAUGAGGAUAUAUAUGAGGUUAACAUGAUUGGGAGCCUAGUCCAUGAUACUUUCAUACAAUCAAGUUGUAAGGAUCCCCUAAAGGCUUGCUUAACCCUUUUUUAUUGCAAUUUGGAUACUGAAAAAUCAAUUGAAGAGGUCAAUGCAUUGUUUGAUUUUGUUCCUCUCUUAAGUAUUGAUAGCUGGCAACCAAAAGUGGUCCCUUUUCCACUUUCUUCACCCUCACUCCCAUAUAUUGUAGAACCACCAAAGUUGGAUGACUUUUGGGAACACCAAUUGAUAAGUAUACUUCAGGUGCAUAAGGAAGCUAUAGGUUGGAAAAUUGUUGAUAUUAAGGAUAUUAGUCCCUUUGUGGUUAUGCAUAGAAUUCACUUGAAAGACACUGCAAAAGCUUCUCAACAUAUUUUUGACCCAGGAGAAUGA